UUACACUAGCACAGCCAAAACAAGUCGGGAGGAGAAGGCAUGAAUACAAUGACUGCUGAAAUCAUAAAAGACAUCUCCCAGCCCGACUCACCUGUCUCCUCAGCACCAGAAAACGGACAGCUGCUGUUUAUCCGAAGCGUCGCGUCCAGGAGGGACACACAGACCACCAGCGGCAGUGCCAACCUCGAGGAGGGCAGCUCCCAGCCCCUGGUCUCCUCUGCCACAGCUCAGCCUCAGUCUUACACCAUGACAUCGGGCGAAUUCAUGCAGUCCACCCCUAUUUUUGUGCAGAGGUCUAAGAAGAACCUGUUUUAUAAGGUCUUGUGCUUCCUCGUGCUCGUUCUGCAAGGAGGCAUGUUGGAUUUCUACCUCAUCAUCUUCACGGAUCUCUACUGGUGCUCGUGGAUAGCCACGGAUUUGGUGGUUAUAUCGGGAUGGGCGAUCUUCUUCAUGAAAAACGCCAGGAGUAAGCGAGAACGAGCCUGUGGUUUCCACCAGAAGAGCUCCAUCUUCGGCUGCAACCUCGGAGAGUUCACCUUCGCGUACUUGGCAUGGCUCAUCUACGUGAUCGCGUCCACCCCGAAAGUGGUGCUCGUUCUGGAAACGUCCAUUCUGGAUCUUAUUGCCCUAAAGGUGCCGUUUGGCAUCACUGGGUUCAAAAUAACCAUGUUGCUCUGUGCGCCUUUGCUUUACUGCCUCAUCAACUCCAUCAUUGAAGAUCCCAACGGUGCCACGCGCUUUCACUCCCAAGGCUGCUUCAUGAACACCUGCUUAGACAUCCUGGACAGCUUCACGCUGGUGGAACUGCUCCUUAAAAACGAAAUCGACAACAUAUACCUUAGGUACACGGUCAUAUCCGUGUAUUUCAUCGCAUUGGGCGUUCCAGUUAUUUGGCUUUACGAGUUGACGGCCUCAGAGAUGAACUGUCGCUGGAUAUGGGCGAGGUUCUUCACCGGCGUGCUGCUCAACGCACCGCUGUUGGUGGUCAGAUGUUUCCUCGUCUUUGUUUACAAAACGCCCAUAUCGGUUUUCAUGUUCAAGAACAUCUUCUUCUUGGGGUGUAAGUGCCUGGAGCUGGUUGAACAGUGCGUGUCCUUACGAGGUGUCCGGAGGUUUGCACGUGGACGUGGGGGUAACGCAGCCCAGUUCUCCCAUUGCGUUUCCGAAAACGACAUGUGUCCUCACGGCUAUGUGAACACGCUGGCUGUCAAUACUCAGUCGUAGAUGCUCAUUAAGGACUAACGUUGACCGGAGGCCACGUACUACACAGUGUGCAUCAGCCCUUUUGAGGGGAGGUACUACUACAGGUGCUAACGUUCCUUUCUUACUAUUCAAAAUGAAAUCAAAAGAAACCAAUACACAAAAUGUACUGUGACUACCUUACGUAAAAGUGCAAAUUAUGAAGUGGUUUAACAGUGCAGUAACCACAAAUGUUAGCAAAUACACGCUCGAGAACGGAAGUAACCAUAGCAACACGCGUUAAAAGCGAGCGUUAAGAUCGAUAAAACGUACUGUCGCUGUUUAUCAAUUUAUUUUAUAAUUACAAAUCACAAAUAGAUAAAAAAUAAAAUAUAGUUUUUUUUUAAAACGUCUAACAGUUUGCUAAUUGGGCAGAACAUUACUGGGAAAAAAAUUAGUUCACCCAAAAAUGAAAAUAAUGUAAUUUAUUACUCACCCUCAUG